AAAAGGUUAAACAAAGAGGGAAAAAAAGAACCCAAAAGGAAAGAAGGAAAAGUGUAACAACCCCAAAUCAUGGCAUUGAACCACAUUUCUUUCCCCCAAGGGUUUUUACCCAUCGCGGUCCUCCUUUUGGCAAUCCACGGAAAGGCAGCUCUCGCCGCGGUCGAGAGCCCUUUCUGCUCUCAGACCAAUCCCGGGGAUGAAAGGAUCCUCUGUAACAAUCUUGUGAACGGAGCACCAACAUGGCAAGCCGCGCUCACAAACGUCGUCGAGGCCGGCGCAAAAGAAGUGGCGCCAGUCAAGGCAUUGAUCUCAAAUCUACCCAAAGUUAUUCCACCAGACUUUGCGAGCGCGACCAAAAAAUCAAUGGUGUCAACUUGCAAAGAAUCCGUGGACAUGUUCAACGGUUGCAUCACCAAAAUUUUGGACAACCUCAAGGGUAGAGGGCCUCCGGAUGUGUCCGUUGAUACCGAGCUUUCCGCUAUCUUUAAUAGCUUGUCAACCUGCACUGAUGGCCUUAAUGAAUUUGGAGCCGAUUCAUCUCAAAUUCAGAAGUAUACUGAUCUUGCCUACAAAUAUGCCAGCCUUGGUUUGGCUGUUUCCGCCACCAAGCCCAAGUAAAUUUAAUUAUUGGGGGAUAUAUGUUUUUUUUUUGGGGGGGGGUUGUUAUCGCAUCCUGCGUUUAAUUCAACCAUUUCCCCCCUGAUGGUAUAAUAAUUAUAUUAUCGAUAUAGCACUAUAUUCAUUUUCGAAAAAGAUAUAGCACUAUAUUCUGGAGCCAUUAUUUGAUAUUGGGUUAGUUUUUUUUUACUCUAAGAACAUAGAAAUUUUUGGUUCCUUUAUAAUGUUGGAAGAUUUUGGAUAACUUCCCGUUCUACAGUUUGUCAUCAUCUAAGAAUGUCAAACAAGACUCUGAAUUUGAAACACAGAGAUCAUGUUCUUUCUUUUUGAAUCAUAUAUAGGCCUAAUUAUUGAAUUUCCUACAUCAAAUUUUGAUCUCUUUUGUUUUUGCAACCGGGACUUGAAUUAGCUAGACCAUAUAGUAGUGGUCGAGGCUUAUAGCGGUUAGUUCAAAACGAAAUCCCCUCAAUAUAAGCCGCUUGACCAAUUAAUUUCUUACAAUCUGAUUGGCCGGGCGGUCAUCACGU